CGAAAUCUGGUGGCACGAGAAUGGAUGAUGGAAAAAUGGAUUUGUUCAUGUGGCAUGGUGGUAAGUUUGUGGAUGAACCCGUCUUAUGCUAUGUUGGUGGUAAAAAGCAUAGAUUUACAGAGAUUGAUAAAGACCUAGUGAGUCCAUUUGAGCUGAAAUACUUGUAUGAGGGGAUUGAGGGCAAUAUAAAUCCUGUUAGUUUCUUCUACAAUGCUCCAGGGAAGCAGCCAUCAGAUGGGUUAAUGGAGAUUAAAUGUGACUCAGAUAUGUUGACAUUUUUAAAAGCUCAUGAAGGGUUAGGGGUUGCUACUGUCUAUGCCGAGAGUGACCAAAGUGGAAAAGUACUUGCAAGUAAAACUUUGUUGGCAAUUGGGGAUGAAUCAAACAAGGCGUCAAGAGAUCUACAGGUCAAACAUGGUGUAAUCUCCAAAGAGCCAAUGAACAUCCAAAAUGCUAGUGGGGGACUACUGGGUAUUGUUGAAGAGGAAAUUGAUUGGGAGGAAUUGAUAAUCACUGGUGAUAAAUUCUGUGACUUUGAAUAUUCUCGAUCAACCAGAGGGAAAGGAUUUACCUAUGGACAAUCAGGUGAGGAAGAUUUCGAAUCUGAAAUUGAUGAUAAUGAGGUCCCUGAUGAGGCAUACGAAGGGAUAGAGGGUUCGAGUGAUGAAGAUUGUGUUAUAAAAAGGGCAAAGAAUGUCGCUUUUGAACGCCUCUACAAGGAUAUUGAGGAGAAAGGCAGUGUUAAUACACUGUUCCGGCUUGCUAAGUCCGGGGCGUCUCGGGUGUAUUGUCGACGCAUUUGCCUGGGAGAGGUGGUUCGGGCUCUCCGAGGGAUGCGUAGUGGGAGAGCUUUGGGACCAGAUGAGAUUCCGGUGGAGUUUUGGAAGCAUACGGGCCGUGGUGCGUGGGUUUGGUUAACCAAACUCUUCAAUGUUAUCUUUCGGAUAGCAAGGAUGCCUGAUGAGUGGAGGGAGAGUCUAUUGGUCCCCUUGUUUAAAGGUAAAGGUGACAUUCAGAGCUGCGAGAAUUACAGAGGCAUUAAACUCCUUAGCCACACCAUGAAGGUUUGGGAGCGAGUCAUUGAGUAUAGGGUGCGGAAAGGGGUAUGCAUCUCUGAGAACCAAUUUGGUUUCAUGCGUGGCAGAUCGACUACAGAGGCCAUUCGCCUCGUGAGGAGGUUAAUGGAAGAGUAUAGGGCUAUGAAGAAGGACCUUCAUAUGGUGUUUAUUGAUCUUGAGAAGGCGUACGAUAGGGUGCCAAGGGAGGUCUUAUGGAGGUGCCUAGAGACGAGAAGAGUUCUCAUCGCGUACACUCGCGCGAUCAAGGAUAUGUACGAUGUGGCUAUGACUAGGGUAAGGACCUCCGGGGGCGACUCUGAGUCAUUCUCAGUAGGGAUGGGGUUGCACCAGGGGUCUGCCCUUAGCCCUUUUUUGUUCGCUUUGGUGAUGGACGUCCUAACUCAAGGUGUUCAAGAAGGGGUCCCAUGGUGCAUGCUUUUCGCGGAUGACAUCGUGCUUAUCGACGACACACGUGAGGGACUAAACGAUAAGUUGGAACGAUGGCGCCUUGCCCUUGAGACUAAAGGAUUCAGAAUAAGUAGUAACAAGACUGAAUACAUGGAAUGUCAUUUCAGCGGCCGGGAAACAGAAUCAGAAGUGGAAGUUAGGAUUGACUCUCACGUAGUACCUAAGGUAAACAGGUUCCGAUAUCUUGGCUCGGUAAUCCAGGCGGAUGGGGAGUUAGACGGGGAUGUUGGACAUCGUGUUGGAGUGGCUUGGGCCAAAUGGCGGUUGGCCUCAGGGGUGUUGUGUGACCCGAAGAUUUCACCCAGGAUGAAAGGUAAGUUCUACCGAUCCGUAGUCAGACCUGCUAUGUUAUACGGGGCAGAGUGUUGGGCGGUUAAGAAGACUCAUGUGCGUCGUAUGCAUGCGGCGGAGAUGCGGAUGUUACGAUGGAUGUGUGGGAAGACAAGGUUGGAUAGGAUUUCGAACGAAGUUAUUCGAUGUCACGUAGGCAUGGCGCCGGUGGAAGAUAAGUUGCGGGAAGCGAGGUUGAGAUGGUUUGGGCAUGUGAGACGGCGGGAUGCUGAUGCCCCUGUACGGAGGUGCGAGAGGAUCACGGUUAUCGGGGGAAGUAGGGGAAGGGGUAGACCUAGGAAGAAUUGUAAGGAGGUGAUUAUGCAGGAUUUAGGACUUCUCACCCUGACUGAGGAUAUGGCUUUAGAUAGGAACCUUUGGUGGACUAGGAUUAAAGUAGCUGGUUAGGAGCUCGGUGCUGCAGUGGUUUUUU